UUUGACAGUUUGACUCCCUCUUACCAAACAAAAAUUUCAAGUUUUUCUUUUAGCUGUCAAACUAAAGCACAAUUGAUCCAAAAUAUUAAGAACUAGAAUUAAAAGCAUUCAAAGCACAAUAUACAUUCCUCUAAACCCUCUAAGAGUAAGCCCCACAUCAGUUCAUGCUCCAAAUUAUCAACAGUCGUAAGAAAAGGAAGAGCUUGGCCUGAGCCCAAACCAAACUGUCAGCCAUCAAAAUGAGGCUCCUGCUAAAGGAACUGACACGUCUGACCACACAGCAUCGGACCUUCUAUUGCUAUAUGUUUCUCAGUAUUUGGAUAUUUCUUCUAAUAGCGGGCAUGUAUCGUUAUAUGGGAAAUGUUGAAAUCAAUGGCAAUAGUCCUGGUCCUGGUCAUAGUGGUUUGGGCACGGCCAGCUCUGAUGGAGAAGCUGCUGCUGGAGCAGCUGUGGCAUCUUCAUCUGCUCAACGCUUUGCCAAAUAUCGCGAACGUUGCUCUCCUUUGGGUCAACUAUUACGCUUGGAUGAUGGCGGCAUCUUAGAGGGUUGGAAGCUUCAGGGUGUGCUCUUGGUUAUACGACACGGAGAUCGUGGACCCAUGUCUCAUGUUCACACUAAAGGGAUCAAUUGUGGCGUGGGUACAGACAGUUUUGUCAACAGAUAUCGCAGCUUUUUGUACAAUUCGAGUAGCUCAGCUUCGGGCUCAAAUCAUUUGUAUUGGAACAAGGUGGGACCAUUUCAUAAUUUUCCUCUGCUACCGGCUACAGAACACGGUUGUCCUUUGGGUCAAUUGACCUACAAGGGCAUCUCACAGCUUUUGCAUGUAGGCGACAUAAUGCAUCAGAUCUAUGCCCAUCCUUUGGGUUUGCUAUUGAAGCCCAAUCCCAAUAGAGUUCCUGGCCUGGAGACAACACCACACACUCUACUCAAUUCGGAUGAAGUGGUUGUGUAUACCACACGUUAUCGUCGAACCUUUCAAUCUGCAUUGGCUUUACUUUUUGCAUUCCUACCGCCAGAUAAAUGGCUCGGUCUAAAUGUUAGAGAAUCGCAUAGCAUGGCCUUUUGCUUCGGUGACUGCAGUUGUGCCCAAUCGGUGCUACUCCGAAAGCGUCUUCAGAUUUUAGGAGAUAAUCAAAUAAUGCAAAGACCAGAGAUUCUUGGCGUAAUGCAAUGGAUCGGUGGUACACUGUUACAGAAUACCCCAAAUGGUGUUAGCAGUCGUAAUCCAUUUGAGGUAGUCGAUGCCAUGCUGACAGUACUGUGCCAUGAGGCACCUCUACCAUGUAGACAUCGUCAAGGCAGCCAGCAGCCCAAGUCUGUGAAGAGAAAAUCACAACAGGAUCUCGUGGAUGUCAUUAAUAUCGACCAGGACGAGACAAAUGGCAAUGUAAUGCCAGACGUCGGUGUUCCACCCCUGGAAAUGGAUGAUAAUGAUGCGGAUGGCAAUAGCAGCCCGUUGUCUUUGGCUCCUGAAGAGCAGCAACAGUUCACAGAAGGUUGCGUCGAGCCUAAUCAUGUGGAUCUGCUUAUGUCCUUUGCCGAUGAACUAUCCCAACGUUCGGCAGAUCAUCAAUACUAUAAGCUAUCUGGUUUAUUGCGUGCCUAUGGCAUGAUUCGCCAUAUUGUUAGCUAUAUGCUUAAAAUGAUCUCUGGAGAUCGUACCAAAUUUGUACUCUAUUCAGGCCAUGAUUGUACUUUACAAUAUCUCACCGCUGCUUUGGGCAUUGCCAAUAAUCAGGGUCAGACCAUAGCAUAUGCCUCACGAUUGGCCUUUGAGGUUUACCGGAGUGAAGCUCAUACGGAUUACUAUUUUCGUGUCGUCUACAAUGGCCGCGAUGUUACGCAACAAAUUGAUUUCUGUGAAGGUGGAAAGAGUUUAAGAGUCACCCGGGAUUCACGUGGCAAUAAAGCCGAUUUGUGUCCCAUUGAGAAUAUUAUUAGAUUUCUACAUGAAGAUUACUUUGCUCCGCUUAAUGCCACCAAUUUUAAAGAAGCCUGCGGCUCCAUAAAUUCACCUCCUAAAGCAAAUGAAUUCUAGAAAGAUAUCUUUCAUAUACACAUAUUUUGAACUGUGAUAAGUAAUAUAUAUAUUUAGUUAUAUAUAUAGGUACAUAUAUGGUAGUUAAGGCUCCCAUACCGACCGCUAAUUGCGAUGAUAUACAAGAUAUUGUAUAUAUAUAUAUUAAUUUUUAGCUAAAUCGAAACCUGAAGUGAACGAAAUCGAUACAUAUCAAAAGUUAGAUUUCUUUAUAAAAAACAAUUACCUACAUAUCAAAUAAAGUGUGUUUUAAGUGUAAACAAUGUCCCAGAUCUAAUUGUAAGUCAGAUCUGUAUCA